UCGGCUCUCGGGCUGGCUCUUUUGAGUCCUGGUACUGGCAUUGUUCAUUUUGCCCGAACCGGAUCUGCGUCAUCGCUCGUUGCUGGUCUGAGUCUUGGGGUAUUGUACUUGGUCAGUUACCGUCGGCAAAAGGAGCAACAAACUUUUGCCGAAGAGACGGGUUUACUCGCUUCUGCAUUCUGGGCGGCUAGCACUGUGCCGAAAGCAUUGAAGAGUGGAUGGAAGCCGCUGCCGCUUGGAUGGAGUGUCAUGGCGAUGUACGGGGUAGGGGUUUUCGGCACUUCCGUCAAUAAGAAGAGGCUUGCAGCA